GAUGGCGCAUUUGUCUUCUUUCGGGAACGUUUAAUGAAACAUAGAUGUUAGAUUUGAAAAGGCGGGUUUUGAGACCGUGUGCGUCAUAAAUGUGUGCGGCAGGGGUGCUUUCCGCGCCUUUUUUUAAUUGAUUAACGUUAGUAGUGGUAGUGUGCGUCUCCGCCGUACAAUUCGGUACAUUUUCUUUGUGUUGACUUGCUUGCGAGGUGUGCGUGGGGGUCUUUCCUUCAACACGUCAAUCAAAUGUGACAGCGCUAUGACGAGUCUUUCACACGUGCACGCGUUAUUGCGCCACCUGCUCCUGCUGUGAUGAUGGAGGCUUUGGUGAAUGAGUGGCUGUGGCAGGAGAGGUACUGGCUACCACCUGGCAUGCAUUGGGGAGACAUGCAGGUGAUGGAGGGCCAGAGCCAGAACCAGGGCCGCUAUCCUCUACCCAGAGAUCUCAUCUACACCUUGCCGGUGGCCUUUGCUUUCAUCGCCUUCAGAUAUGUUUUUGAGAGGGUCAUCGCUGUUCCGUUAAGCAAACAUUUGGGCGUUAAGGAUCGCGUUCGGAUUCAAGCUGCGCCGCUUCCAAAGCUAGAGACCUUCUACAAACAGAAGUCGCGGCAGCCGUCACAAAGUGAAGUGGCCAUCUUGGGGAAGCAGUGUGGACUCUCCAAGGCAAAGAUUCAAACCUGGUUCAGGCACAGACGCAACCAGGACCGACCCAGCAACACAAAAAAGUUCUGCGAGGCCACCUGGCGUUUCGUCUUCUACCUUGCAGCCUUCACAGCAGGCCUCGGGUCUUUGUUUGACUCUCCGUGGUUCUGGGACUACCGAGAGUGUUGGCAGGGUUUUCCCAAACAGCUGGUCACCAGUGCCCAUUACUGGUAUUACAUCUUGGAACUGGGCUUCUAUCUUUCCCUGCUUCUCUGUGUCUCUGUGGACGUAAGGAGAAAAGAUUUCAAGGAGCAGGUUGUUCAUCACAUUGCCACCAUAUUGCUCAUCGGGUUCUCCUACUGCAGCAACUUCGUGAGAGUUGGCACACUUGUGAUGCUGGUGCACGACUCGUCUGACUUCCUGCUUGAGUCGGCCAAGAUGUUCCACUACGCUGGCUGGACGCGGACGUGUGACUCGCUGUUUGUGGUCUUUGCUCUGGUCUUCCUGGUCACGCGGCUGGUGGUGUUUCCUUGCAGAGUCAUCCACACAACAUUGAUAGUAUCUCUGGAGUUCUUCCAGCCCUUCUUUGGUUAUUUCUUCUUCAAUAGCCUGCUGUUAGUGCUGCAAGCGCUGCAUAUCUUCUGGGCCUACCUCAUCCUGCGCAUGGUCUACAAGUUUGCCUUCAUGGGAAAGGUGGAGCGUGACGAGCGCAGCGACGAGGAAAGCGAAGCGGACGAGGACGAAAAGCCUGAAGAAGAAUGGGACGAGAGCAGCUGGGAGCGGCGAAAAGGCAGCAUCAACUCCAAGCUGGCGUCGCUGGCCAACAACUGUGUGCUCAACAACUUGACCAAUCAGAGGAAUCUCAACAGCAGACUGCCCAAAGCCAGAUAGACAACAUGGAUCCAUUUCUGACGCAUAUGUACCUUGGCAUACUGCAUCAACACGGUCCAUUGAUGAUUUCAGACCACCGUCGGCCUGCAUCCUGCUCUUCUUUGUUAGACAAGCACAAAUGAUUGUACAUCUAUGGUCGCAGUGUCACGUUGGAAGGAAACUCUGCCCCUUUCUUUGAGUUUGGAGACUGGGAUAAUUGUGUUUUGGUUUGAUAUUUAUGUUGUUUCUUGUCAGUGCUUUUUAUAAGUUUUUUUAGACUGGGCUAAUAAGGAUUAAGGUCAAAACUACCAUUAAAUAACAAAGUAAACAAAUGAAAAAUGACAAAUUUUAACAAUUCAAUCAGUACCAAGUUGAAUCACCCGUGCACAGGUGAUUUAAAUGUGUUGUUAAUCUACAGUAAACCUCGGAUAUAUCGGACUCGGAUAUAUCGGAAAUUCGCUCACAACGGACAGAUAAAAAAGAACCGAUUUUUCUGUAAUGCAUUUCCAAUAAAAAUUCAUUGCAUAUAUCGGAUUUUUUAGAACGGAUUUCGCCUAUUUCGGACAAAAUCUCCAGUCCCGUUCCAAUGCAUUUCCAUGAAAUUUCCCUCGCAUAUAUCGGAUGGCCGCAUCGUGGCGCUCCGAUUCGUCGAAUCGUGACAGGCCGCUAUACGACGUCAUUUGCAGCGUUUGCAGCGUUGCCUGCGCGUCCAGGUACAUUGGAAACAUAGUCAAGGAAGUGCCUUUUUAUAACGGAUAAAAUCCCAUUUACGCAUAUACCGGAUAUAAAUCCGAUAUAUGCGUAAAACGAACAUUUUCCGGUAUACGCAUAUAACGGAUUUCGCUUAUAUCAGACAAAACCAGUGGGAACAAUUGAAUCCGAUAUAUCCGAGGUUUACUGUACUUCAUACUACUUGUAUAUUUAUGUUUAUAAUAGGGCAACUCUAAAAACACCCAAAAUUACACUGACAAUAAUCUAAUUACAGGAAUUAUUUAAAAAUAAUUUUAAAUUAUAUAUCAAUGUAUUUGUUGUGUGUAUAUAUAUAUAUAUAUAAAGCAGGGGUGGGCAAACUUUUUGACUCGCGGGCCGCAUUGAUUUAACAAAACGGGGGGGGGCAGACUAUAUAUUUUACACGUAACAGUCCACCUGGUAUUAUUGUAUCUGUAAAAGUGUCAUGCAAUCUGCUAUUAUUAUUUUAUAUUUAUAUUUAAAUAUUUUUAUUUAAAUAUUGUAUAUUUAAAUAUUUUAUAUUUAAAUAUUUUAUAUUUAAAUAUUUUAUAUUUAAAUAUUUUAAAAUUUAUUAUUAUUAUUAUUAUUAUUAUUAUUAUUAUCAUCAUUAUGCUUGUGUCCCUUUUUUCAGGAGCACUUUGUAAACAACAGACCACAUCAAAUAACAAAAUUGAUAAAACCAUCAAUAGGUUGGCUCAAGCCAUGAUGCCAGUUCGUAUGUUGAGUUUAAAUGAAAUACUUUGGAAAGAACGGACGGGCCGUAUUCAAACACUUGGCGGGCCGGAUGUGGCCCCCGGGCCGUAGUUUGCCUACCCCUGAUAUAAAGAAACAAACAAAAAUUGGUAUCAUAUCACAACAGAGUUAUGGCGCCCCCUGCUGCACAAUGAAGAACAUAUCCUAAGAAACUGUAUGUAUACAAAUCCAUCCCUUUAUGUAAUAUAUGAUCUUUGGAUGUUUUUUUUUUGUACUUUGAAUAUCAUUUUUGUUGUCGUUUAGUUUGCUCUACUUGAGCCACUUCAGCUUUGUGCCUUGGCUGCUGUAUUAACACGACCGUGUCGGAUUAGCUUUACUUGGCAAACUGUGACUGUUGGCAAAUGAUUCCCAUAAACAUUUGGUGACUGCAGCCCGGGAGUCGUAUAAAAUGUGUGCACACAGAUGGGCAUUAGUGGCACAUAGACGGACGCGAAAAUCUCGGAUCUGCCACUUAAACAGCUCUUGAUCAAAUAUAUACAGCAUAUAUAAAUAUAUGUGUAUUUAGUCCACAUUGUGAAGCAUCACAUGAUAGCCUGACAAGUGUGGAUUUGUGAUUAUUGAUACUGAAUAGAGAUACGCUCACUGGAAGGACCAGUGUGCGAUAAGAAAGCGUCAAUCACUAAAAGGGCUGAACCACCAACCCUACAUGUUUGUAUCCAUCUUUUUCCAUGUUUCUUUUUCAUUAAAAGUGGAUAGAAAGCUC